GAACAAGACCUGUCCAUGGUAGUUUUCACGAAGGACUUUAUUUGAUAUUUAGAGAUGUCUGAGAUUGAUUAUGCUGAAUAUCCCAAAGACAAAAUAAUUUUGCUGAAAGAGAAACUAAUUUGCCGGGACGCUCAGAUUGUUACUCUGCUAUCAUUGUUAGGAGAGCCUCAACAUUAUAGCUACCCUUCCUUUUUCGUAUAUGGGCACACUGCAACAGGGAAAACCUAUGUGAUACAAACAUUGUUGGAGACAUGCAAGUUUCCCCACAUAAUUGUGAACUGUGUGGAGUGCUUUUCCUCAAGAAUGCUUUUUGAACAAAUACUUAACCAACUGCAGGGUAAUUGGCUCUCCUCUGAGAAUGAAUGCUUACCAUAUUUGCGGUGUAAUACUCUUAAUGAAUUUGUUCUACUAUUUAAGCAAGUGGUCCGUGAACAGAAUCUGCUCGAUCAAACUGUCUACAUUGUGUUGGACAAUGCAGAACAGCUAAGAGAAAUGGAUGCAAACCUGUUGCCAGGAUUUUUGAGGUUCCAAGAAUUGGCUGAAACAAAUGUCACUGUUAUUUUCAUCAGUGAAAUUGUCUGGGAAAAAUUUCGGCCAAAUACUGGCUGCUUUGAGCCUUUAACCUUGUAUUUUCCGGACUACAGCAUAGAUGACAUCCUGAAAAUUCUUUCACGCGAUUAUCCUCCGGAAUUUUCUGCAGAUUUUUACAUGUCUUACAUUAACAUACUGCUUGGAGUAUUCUAUACUGUCUGUCGGGAUUUGAAGGAGCUGAGACAUUUGGCUGCAAUAAACUUUCCUAAGUUCUGUGAACCUGGUGUUCAAAAAGGGGGAAUUGGUGAAGAGGAUACUCGUCGGCUGUGGAGAAAUAUUGAACCACACCUUAAAAAAGCAAUGCAAACUGUUUAUCUGCGAGAAAUAUCAAGUUCUCAGUGGGAGAGGCUGCAGCAGGAUGAUGAAGAUAGUGGACACCUGAAAGGACUCUCUGCUCAUGCUCAUGUUGAACUUCCAUAUUACUCCAAGUUCCUGUUGAUUGCUGCUUAUCUCUCCUCCUACAACCCUGCAAGAACAGACAAAAGAUUUUUCAUGAAGCAUCAUGGGAAAAUUAAGAAAAGUUCAUUUUUGAAGAAGCAUGAAAAGACCAGCAAUCACCUCCUUGGCCCUAAACCAUUCCCAUUGGAUCGUUUGUUGGCAAUUUUCUACAGCAUUGUGGACAGCAGAGUAACUCCCAGUGCCAACGUGUUUUCUCAGAUCACUACCCUGGUGGCACUUCAACUAUUGACCCAAGUUGGACAUGAUGAUCAGCUGGAUGGGCCCAAGUAUAAAUGCACAGCAAGUCUUGAUUUCAUCAGAGCAAUUGCCAGGACUGUAAAUUUUGAUAUAGUCAGGUACUUAUAUGAUUUCUUAUGAGACCAGAUGCACGACCAUAUGGAUACUGUGAGCAAUGAUCAAUGUUUUUACACCAAUUCAUACUGAUCUAUCUACUCCACUGAUAAGUGACAGAGGCAUUUUGGCUCUAUUGGAUUUGUCCAAGCAGGUGCUGGCACAGUGUGAGAUCUGAUGAAAAUAUCUUGAUUGGUCAGAAUGGAUAUUUAGAUUGAACUAUUUACCACGAACUCGUCAGUGUUUUGGAACGAUGUGUUAAUUAUUGACAGCAGGAACUCAACACAAUCUGUUCCAAUCUAAUAACAUCAUUUUAGCACAAAAGCUGUCAGAAAUGUAUUUACUUGCAAUUAUUUUUCCUCCAUGUUGUUCUUUCCUUGGAAUCGUGUACACAUUUAUUUGUGGCUAAUCUUUCAUUUUUAGUUGUCUCCUGUAAAUUAUACACACCCUACUCCUGGGAGAGUUUGUCAUUGUUGUUCAUGCUGAGAGCAAAUUACUUCUAUUUUCUUGACAAAAAUAAAUAAAUAUUACUGUCAUAA